CUCUCUCUCUCUCUCUCUCACAAGUCUCCAUGGCCAUAGCUGGGAAGCUGACGAAGCUCAAGUCUGCCAUGAAGAGGUGGCCCUCUCUCUCUAAGCUCAGCCGCUCCAACUCCUGCGUCUCCGCAGCCUCCCGCGACGUCGCCGCUAUUCCUCACAGUAAUAAGGACGUCCUCCACCCCGUCUACGUCGGCCGCUCCCGCCGCCGCUACCUCGUCCCCUCCGACGUGGUGGACCAUCCUCUGUUUCAGGAGCUGGUCGACCGGUCCUCUUCGGCCCAAGAUGGCCUUGUGGUAGCCUGCGAGGUGGUCUUGUUCGAGCACUUGCUGUGGAUGCUUGAGAUCAGCACCGAGACCCUCCUUGGGUCCAUGGACGAGCUCGUCCAGUUCUACACUUGCUCCUCAAACUGAUCCCAUUCAUUAUUUGACGAACUCUUACUCAACCAGCUAGCUAAGUCGGCUCUUGUUUCAAGCAAAGCAAGGAAGUGUUAUGGGUUUCUUCUGCUACUGCUAAUUAAUUAGUUCAUUACUACUUAAUUUGAUGAACCUUUUCAAUUUAUUUGCCACUGCUUGUUAUGGCUGCAACUGCAAGCAACUAAUUAGUGGUGUAAUAUUCGAGUCGAAGCAAUUGUAAUUAUUGUGAUCAUUAUUAUAAUAUAUUAUGUUUAC